ACUUAUAGUUAUGUUUACACCCUAAAUUGUCCUAUUUUGGAGUUCAUAUUGGGACAAACACGAAAACCGCACAAGUGCUUUGAACUGCGGGCAGGCUAGCAAAGCAAUCAAUUUAUACAUCCGAUUUCUAUAUCUUUCAGGCUCUGUUGUGCCUUCUUUAAGCUAGCUUUGACUUUCUAUCCCCGCCACAAUUUUUCCUUCGGAGGAAGGUUAAAUAUUUUGGAAAACCAUGAGCAGUCUCUUUUUAAGUGUUACACCACAAGCUACAUUUUUGUUUUCAAAGUAGGGUGUGAGGGCUUUUCGGGCGGGGGACUCGUAAAUGUGAAAAGAUUGUGGACUCCAAAGUCCAAAAGAGGACAAGGAGGACUUGUUUGUGUAUAUUUGGACCCUGCAAGCAUCUGAGCCAGAACAACCCAGCCAGUGUGUGGCUGAGAAGAAGAUGGUCCCCUGUUGGUGAAGUUUGCUCACGUUUAUUUAUGUCUCAUCUGCUUCCAUUGAACUUUGUGUGCUAUAUUUUUAUUCAAACCCUCACGAAAUCCACCAUAUAACAGCCUAAAUUAAUUCUGCAUCUGGUGUGGUGGCGCUUUUUUUCCCCACAUGCCAGUAAGAUUGUGUACGCACACAAUGACGCGGUUACAGUAUCAUGAUGGUAUGCUAUAAUAUUACCAGCUGCAAUUAGCAGCGUGUUGCCGUAGGCGUUGACAAAUUCCUGCGCCGUUGGCAGCCAGGUUUCACAUUGCUGGCAUUUAUGUGAUGAACAAAUAAUAAUAAUAAAAAAAAAUAUGAACGCUGCUCCGAAUAUUUUCACCCUUAUACGUGACUAUCACUAUAUUACACAAACCAAACAUAGUCAUCUUUAAGAGGGGCAAAAGAUAGUAUAUGAAGUGUAUUUUUGGAAUUAUGAUCCCCCUUGGAUAGAAUUGUUAAUUCUGGAUGUCUAAAACAGUGGACCUGACUAAUUUGAGUGUGAUACAGCUCGAUAGUUACACCAUAAAGGUCGUUGGAUUAUUCAAUGAUUAAUCAAUGGUCUCCUCAGUAUGCAAUGACCUAAUUCCAGGUGACCUGCGUGUUUCUCUACCGGGCUGUGGAAUGAAGGGGUGUGUCUGCUGCAUCGCCGAUAAGAAUGGCAGAUAGCAGGCCCGGCGACAGACACACAGUGAGGUGUCUUUCAUGUCUUUUGAUUAUAAAAUCUCUGAAAGUAACUCGGAAGUAAGUCGUCUAACCCGGUGCCAGAAGUCCUCAGCGCUGUGUUAUGUGUAUGUUGGUAGUCAUGUAACCAGUUUAGAAUACAAUCAAGUUUGAUUGUCGGUGAAACAAUGAGACUCAGUUGGGCAUCUCAGAAUUUGAAAUAUUGUCAAAAACACAAAAAGCAUGCAAUUAUCCAAAAAGAUACUUACAUAACAGUGAGUGUCUGGGUGGGAGGAGUCUUCAUUUAUUCUGGCGGCAGGGGGGAGGGUGGCCAGGGGGGGCCCACUCUGCUGUUGGCAGCACCUGCUGAAAACCUGAUGAUUAAAUUAUUCUCUGAUUAUUAUUAUUUCACCUACAAGCAAUACCGCCAUUCACCACUAGAUGGGAGAUAUGGCCAAGUUGCUCUUGAACCGAGUCUUAGACUGCUCCAGUCAAUCCCGAGGGGUGCAGAGGGAAAUGGAAAAAGACAGCUUAGUGUGUCUGUGUCCUUGUUAGUAACAUGAUUUUAUUUUUUGUGGUAGUGCACACUGCACCCUAAGCACCCUAUCAGAUUAACUUUCACAAAAUAUAGUAUAUUUUAAAAAUUGCCCAUUCCUGCAAUAUAUGAAUGAACACCAAUCAUGAAGCAACACAUGUAGACAGACAACAAAAAUACUCACAGGCAUUUAUUCUUUAUCCUUUCUCCUGUGGCUGGUUUGACACAAGACAGGGAAGUUGGCGAUGUGGUGAGCUACCAACGAGCUCUGCCAUAGCAGUCUGGAAAACAGAUUUUCUUAAAUCAAACGAUUUGAGUUUUGGGGUCGGGUUCAGCCACAUAAUUUAAACUCAUAUCAGAAAAUAAUUCUUAAGUACAGAUACACUGUGUGUGUGUGUGGGGGGGGGAUUGUAACUGUACUUGUUGAGUUACUUUCUUCUUAGCACUGCCUGCAGUUAGGGCAAUGUCGUUCCAUUGGUUCAUUCUGCGUUACACGUCAGUCAACUGAUGCAGAGGGGACAAUCUCAUUUCUCUGUAGGAGAACAAAAGGUGAGGCAGAGUGCUGCGUCAAGACGCAUGACGCUUGGUGGAGCUGUGUGAGACUACCGUGAGAGGAUUUGUUUAACUGCUUGUGUGUGUGUGUGUGUGUGGUUGACUGGUUCUCACGUCCGCCUCACAGUGCACUGGUGCAGGGUUGGAAUUCAGCUGCGGGCUUCCUAUGUAGAGUUUGCAUGUUCUCCCCCAUGCCUGCGUGGGUUUUCUCCGGGUACUCCGAUUUCCUCCCACAUUCCAAAAACAUGCAACAGGGUUGAUGGAACAUUCCAAAUUGUCCAUAUGAGUGAGUGUGAGCGCAGGUGGUUGUUCGCCUCUGUGUGCUCUGCGAUUGUCUGGCAACUAGUGUGGGGGGAGGUGGGUGGGGGGGAUCCUUUGCAUGUGGGAAUCGGAGUACAAUGUCAAUGGAAUCGGCCGAGGAAGGCUCGGCGUGGAGCUUCAACGAGAGCGCCAACGCCACCGCCAACCGCUCCUGUAACGCUCACGUCCACGGGGACGACCUCGGGACCGAGCCGGGCUCGGACGGCGCCGUGGCGGUGCGUAUCGUCAUCUCGGUGGUCUAUUCGCUGGUGUGCGCGCUGGGGCUGGUGGGCAACGUGCUGGUGCUCUACCUGAUGAAGAGCAAGCGCGCGUGGAAAAAGUCCUCCAUCAACUUGUUCGUCACCAGCCUGGCGCUCACCGACUUCCAGUUCGUCCUCACGCUGCCCUUCUGGGCGGUGGAGAACGCGCUGGACUUCACGUGGCUGUUCGGGCGCGCCAUGUGCAAGACGGUGUCCUACGUGACGGCCAUGAACAUGUACGCCAGCGUCUUCUUCCUCACCGCCAUGAGCGUGGCGCGCUACAACUCCCUGGCGUCGGCGCUGCACGGCCGGCGCGGAGGUCGUCACUCGCGUCUCCUCCGGCUCUGGUUCGGGCGAUGCGGCGCGGCGCGCUGCGUGGCCGCCUCCAUCUGGGUGGCGGCUGCCUGCGCCGCGCUCCCCCACGUCGUCUUCUCCACCACGGUGCGCGUUUCCCCCGAGGAGGACUUGUGUUUGGUGAAAUUCCCGGAAAGCGACGGCACCGGCGUGCAACUCUGGUUGGGACUUUACCACUCGCAGAAGGUCCUCCUGGGCUUCGUGGCUCCUCUCGGCAUCAUCUCGGCGUGCUACCUGCUCCUUUUACGCUUCGUGGCGGCCAACAACGACGCCAACAGGUCGAGCGCAAAGAGACGCGCCAAGGUGACCAAGUCGGUCACUAUCGUGGUGCUCUCCUUUUUUCUCUGCUGGCUGCCCAACCAGGCGCUGACGGCGUGGGGGAUCCUCAUCAAGCUCAACGUGGUGCAAUUCACCUACGAGUACUACACCACGCAGGUGUACGUGUUCCCCGUGUCCGUGUGUUUGGCGCAUUCCAACAGUUGUCUCAACCCGGUGCUCUACUGCCUGAUGCGCCGCGAGUUCCGCAAGUCUCUCAAGAGGCUCUUCCGUCGGAUCACCUCGCCCGGGCUCACCACCGUCAUCAGGCCCAUCACCGGCACCACGAAGCCAGAGGCGGACGAACAGGGGCGCGGACAUCUUGCGGCGGCGGCGGCGCCCCGGGGAGGCCACCGGGACCCCCCCGCGGUGGUCUUCUACCCUCCGGGGGCGGCAGUGUAGCCAGAUACACGGCGCGCGACAGACCAGUGAGGUGGCAAAAAUACCAGAGUACACUGAAAAUAAAACAACGUGUUU